AUGCCUCACAGCGCCGGCUCCCACCGCAGCGGCUCCCCCCACAGCUACAUACCGGCUGCCCUGAGGCUUCCCGGUUCCUCGCUGGACGUGGGACUUACAGAACCCCUAUCUCAGAGCAGAACUACUUUGAGUGGAAGGACAUGUACAAAAGAUGGCUUGAAGCUGAAGCCUGUGGCAUCUUUGCAGACUAAUCCAAUAGUCCAUAGCGUGAGUAGCUCAGAGACCCCAUGGUGGCUACCAAGAUUUAUGUGCCUGAGACCUGUGAGAAAAUGUGAUCAGCAAAGGCUUUGGCAGAGGAUCUCCUCAGCAUCAGCAAAGAGUGGCACAACAGAUACUUUUGAGCGCAGAAGAAAUUUUGAGGAGAAAAGCAAUACUAAAGAUUGGCCAACAGAGAAACACUUCAGCUGUGAGAAGGCAGCAGCUGAUCAAAGUCGAGACAUCAUUGUUUCUGCUCACUGCAUCUUGGACAGAGAAAAUUAUUUUGUGAGGGAGGUGGACAGAUAUUUGAGGCACAAUGAAUUCUUAGAUCUGAGAAAGAAAGAGAUGCUCUACAAGAAAUGGCUUGAGGAUGUUUCAGAGCCACUGCUGCAGAAGAUCGAGGGUAAAAUGGACAGCAAGUCAAGUGAAGAAAUACGGAAAAGGAAAGAAGAACAACUUUCUCUCUAUUUAGACUACUGUAAAAAGAAGGGCUAUGUGAUUUUGGAUGCUUAUGACCCAUCAGAAUAUGACCCAUUCUUCCUGAGGACAUCUACAGACUGGUGGAAGGUUUCAACACCAGCUUUACAGGAUCCUCUGUUAAGAGACAUUCAAAGAAAGUUGAUUGAGACAGGCAUCACCAAGCAGUGCGAGACAGGAAGACCAUGCUCUACCAGAGAACUGAACAAACUCAGCAGAGAACUGCCACUGCUACCUUUGAGCCGGCAGCAUAUGGAUGCAGUUGAGUGGGUGAAGAUACCAUACACCUACAUUGCUAGUGACGUUUACCAAAGAAAGAGGCGAAAAGCCAUCAACCACGACAGAGACAACAUAUGAUAUCAUCUGUCCUCCAGCUGAUUGCAGCGGCAAGCACAGCCAUCAGAAGGUACCAUCUGCAAAGUAUGUUGUUAUCUCCUGCCAGAGCAAGAGGGAACAAGGCAGGUCUGGCAAACUGCAAUAAACUCAUCUCAAACACGUCAUUCUGAAGUAGUUACUCAGCAGCCAGAGAAAUGUUUGAGAUGCUGCUCCUGUUAUUUCCAGCUCCAGUUCAUGCUCUACGGGCCAAACCCUACUAUUUUAGGAGGUUUAACUUAGGCUCAGCUCUGCAAAGACAGUGCUGAUGUCCUCUGGUUUAUAUAGUGCGAGUCUUCUCACCAGUUCAUCUCCUUCAACAAAGUUAGAAAAAGGUCUGGUAGGCCCCAGACUCUGCAUGUUAUCCCCAGCUCUGAGUCUGCUGUAUUUCCUGUGACAGGACGUGUGGUGUUACUAGCACUGGGCACAGGGAAUGGCAAAGCUUGCACAAUUUUAGCUGCAGCUGUUGUAAUUUUUUGUGAAGCUGAAAGACCUCACCUUGAGAUUCAAGAACAAACCCUCUCUUGAAUGAGAAGGAGGCACUCCUGGCUAUGUGCCGUGUCAGCAUAUGCGUGCAGAAGAGUGGCUUAGAAAGCGCUGAUAAGGAAAUAUAGGUUUGGUUUUGUUUGUUCAAAUCUUUAUGAGAACUCCCAUAGCGAAUGUCUUGCAAAAUAUUUGCAAAAUAAUGCUAGGCUAGUAACAAGGUUUCAAAGGACUUCCCCCUGGAGGCAGUGUACAAGCAGUAAAUCAAACUAACAUACGGAUGAGUGUUCUGAGAAGGCAGGAAUUAUGAGGGGAGAGCAGGAGGAAAGUGUUUUGUACAAAACAGAGCUUUUUGGAGAACCCGUGCUGAGCACCACAUACUCUCAGUGCCCUGCAGAUGGGUUUCUCUCCUGUUCCAGUGCAGUGUGUGACUGCACAGCAGCUCUGGUGUUGAAGCCUGAAAACAGAAUUCCUCACGGCUUGUACAAGAAGCUCCAAACUCCCACUGUACAGACACAGACUCUCAAGAAUUGCCAAGAUUUAGUUUUAUUUAGGAUUAGAAAUACUGAACCACAGAAAACUUGUUAAAAGAAAUAGAGGUCGACUCAGCCCUGUAACAGGAGGGUGUACAGGCAGCAAUCAGGUGUGAAACUGUCAGACAUCAGGAGGUGCUGCUGUCCCCAUGGAAGACACGGGCCCACAUUGCUCGGAAUUCCAUGCUGUGCUUUUCCAACAAUGCAGUUUAAGGAGGCAGUAAAACGGUUACAAUGUAUCAAACCCUUUAUAAACAAACUCUUCUUUUGCUUAACCAUCCUUGAUUUUGAUGCUGAGAGAAGUUUUUCUUUCAAAUAACCUCAUUUUACAGAUUCAUACUGGGGUGACAGUUCCCCCCAGCAAACCCUUUCAACUUGUAAUAAACUUUGCUUGAAUUUAA